GAUUAGCUCCAUAAUAGAAAUUAGAACAUACAAAAAUGAAGUCCAGCAUAGGCAUAGGUAUUUUGAUAGCCAAUUUCCUGCUCUGCCAGGUUGUGAUCUCUAUGGCCAGUAUCUCCAAUCAUCAGAGAAGCAAAAGAGCUCCGAUUCCAUGGCUCAUUUAUCCCACCACAUCACCAACCCGCGUCAUGUUCAUUGGCGGCAUUGGUAUUCCGUUGGAGGAUCUCAAUUACGAAGCUGUGACCACAGGCUAUGUCCUGAAAGUGGAGUAUUGGCUGCCCACCACUCCGGACGACCUGAGAACACCCACAGCCCUGCCCCUAUCACAGGUGCCUACACCAGGAUCGGUAGGAUCUAGAAAGCAGCAGAAACCCAUGUUCGAGAACUUUCUGGUUGGAGUGGACGAGCUGGGCAAGAACACCAGGAAGCUGCUGAGCAGAACCAACAAGGUCCUGAGCAGCUAUCGCUGGACGGUCUAUAAGGGUCUGGAGGGACUGGCAGAUCGCUUGGGUUAUCAGGGAAGGAUCUGUGUCCUGAAGAGCAUUUGCGAGGCGGCCGAGGAGCCUUUUCACUUCGCCAAUGGACUUUUUGCGGAGCUGUUACACAUAUUAUUAACUCCUUCAUCUUCAGUGGAUAAGCUGUCGGAGCAUGCAGACAAUGAGUACUACUACGCGGAGAAGGUGGGUCUUUCAGGGGCUGGCUGUGAUCGAGUUUUCAAGGAGUGUCGUCUGAGUUUGCUGCAGCAUUUCAGUGAACUUCAUCACAACCUGGACAACGAUUUGUUUUGA